GGGAAAGGCGUGUCAUGGAGGGAGGGGGAGGAGCAAAAUGGCCGCUGCCAUGAACGGGAAGGUUCUAGCUGGGGCUCGCAAGGGAAUUUUUUAUUUCAUUUCUUUUCACAAUAUGAUCAAAAAGAUCCCGUUCGCAGUUGUCUUCAUCCUGCUCACGGCAAGCCCGUGCUGGGGUGACGAAGGACACGAGGUGGAAGAGUUCCUGAAAAGGGAGCAUUCGCUGAUCAAGCCGUACCAAGGCGUGGGCUCGGCCAGCUCCUCGCACUGGGACCUGCUGGGGAACACCAUGGUGACCACCGACUACGUGCGCCUCACGCCGGACAUGCAGAGCAAGCAGGGGGCCGUGUGGAACCGGGUCCCCUGUUACCUGCGCGACUGGGAGCUGCAGGUGCAUUUCAAGAUCCAUGGCCAGGGGAAGAAGAACCUGAACGGGGAUGGGCUGGCGGUGUGGUUCACCAAGGAGCGCAUGCAGACAGGGCCUGUUUUUGGCAAUAUGGACCGUUUUACUGGGCUGGGAGUGUUUGUGGACACAUAUCCCAAUGAGGAGAAGCACCAGGAGGCACAGAAGAAGAGGUACACCCCCCGCACACAGCGAAUCUUCCCGUACGUGUCCGCGAUGGUAGGGAACGGGACCCUGAGCUACGACCACGAGCGGGACGGCCGCCCCACGGAGCUGGGAGGGUGUACCGCGCUGGUCCGGAACCUCAACCACGACACCUUCCUGGUGGUGCGCUACGUCCGGCGCAGGCUGACGGUCAUGAUUGACAUUGAUGGGAAACAGGAGUGGCGGGAUUGUCUAGACAUCCCGGGAGUGCGCCUGCCACAGGGAUACUUCAUCGGAGCGUCCGCCAUCACCGGGGACCUGUCAGAUAACCAUGACCUGAUCUCCCUGAAGCUGUACCAGCUGACCGUGCUGAGGACAGCUGAGGAGGAGGAGGAGGAGGAGGAAGUCACCUUCCCCAGCGUGGACAACAUGUCCCUCCUCAAGGCCGAGGACUUUUCCGAGCCCAUGAGCGGGGUGACCCUGUUCUUCAUCGUCUUCUUCAGCCUGCUGGGCUCUAUCAUGCUGGCCAUCAUCGCCAUCAUCGCCUACCAGAAGUGGAAAGAGAACAGCCGCAAGCGCUUCUACUGAUCGCCGAGAGAGAGAGAUCCACCCCCACCACCACCUCCGAACUGAGCCGCCCCAGACUGCCACUAACCUGAACAGGAGCCUCGUCCAUGACCGCCAAGCCGGGGAAUGAUGGGAGAAGAUAUGGGACCUUUAAGCUGACCCACUCUCCUCUCCACAGGCAGGACCCACAGAGGCACUGGAGUGGGAGACCUCUGCCUCCCACGUGGACAAUUUCUUGAAUAAUAGUAAUAAAAGUGCAUUUAUUGUCCUACCUUCAAAGAAAAACAGAAAAGGGGAAGAUGUCCACCCAAAACCAUCCCCACUUUCACACCUGCCUUCAGGUCUUGUUUCAAAGCAUUUGCUGGGUAGUGGAGAGAGGAUGUUUGGCUGUCUGGUUCCCUCUUACUUCAUUACAUCUUUCAGCAUGGGCUUCUGGAAAGCUCCCUCACUGGGUGGACAAUGGCAGAUUUCUCACUGCCCUGGAUUACUAGAGCAGUCCAUCAUAUUUACAAAAAAAUCACAUUAGACCAGCAGCCUUCAGCCACAGUAACUCUACCUUCUGUUCAUCAAGAACCAUACUUUGUGAGUGGGGAAAACAGAUCUAUUUCGAUAUGGAAUCAACUUCAGUGCAAACUUUGACAUCUUUUUCUAUCGGCUUAGGGGCGAAUUUUAAGGGCUUCUGUUGUGUUUGUGACUGUUCUUCUAUUUUCUGUGAGAGAGUGUUUCCCGUGUACUGAUCCCCAUUGGAGAAUAAUUCUGCAGUCGUGUUCUUUUUCCGGUCGUGUUCAAUGGUGGUCUCCCCAGCCCUUUCAUUCUUUCAUUCAUUCAAGAGUAUGUUUAUGUGUGCAUUUGUUCUUGCUGCUAUAAGGUGAAGGAGGUUCGUGUUUAUUGACCUUGAUCGUUCUCAUUCCUGUGUGCCUCGUGCUGCCUUCCGCUCUGUGGUCUAGCUGCUGCCUUGGUCAUGUGUUUAAAUGUCUCCGUUUGUACGGAUUACUGGACCGGCCUUUUUUUUUUUGUGUGUGAAUUGUAAAACCCCAGUAUCCAUACUCUCUCUGCACUGGGAAUCACAGCUUGGAAGAGCGUUUUUCUGGUUGAUUCUGGUUGAUUCAUGUCUAUAAUGUAAUGAACUUGGAACAUAGAAUCCUCUUUUGGGCGAUUCAGUCAAAGAGUGAGAGCCUCACUGUCUGGACAGGCCUAACGUGGUUUGUUGAAAGUUUCAAAAGACAGUCCUACUGAAUACAUCUCUUUUCCUGAGCUACAGAUUGGAGCAGAUGGAACUACAGCAUGAUGUGUUAAAACACGAGUCCUGCUUUUGGAGAAACACAGCCCUGCAGUUUUUGUGAGUAACAGGUUGUCCAAAGCACUGCUCUCCAAAUUGUGCUGCUCUUGGGCACUGGUAACUUCGGAUCUGUGCAGAAGAGUUAUAUUUGUCCAGCUGUGCUGUAAUUGUACUAAUUUUGCCCACUUCUUGUGGUCUUGUGCUGCUGAAGAUUUAUAGACUUAUGAAUCCUGCUGGACUGUUGCUCUUCAACAGGAUCAAACUUGGUAACACUUUAUAAGACAUUAGAACAAUGAUUGGAGAACAGAGGUCUUUUAGAAGAAUGAAGUCAGGAAGGGAUUCAAUGUAGUCAUGAAGAGCUCAGGUGGGACAAAUGAAGGACUCUCUUAACAUGGCUCUUCAGGUACAGGGGAGCUGUACUGUGCCUCUCUGUUCAGUCUGCAAAAAUAAGGUGCGCCAUGUGUUUUAUACUGAGCAUCGGAAAAAACAAAAGCCAGAGUUACUAAAACAAAAUGCAUUUCUUACACAGAAACCUGCAUAAGACCACUUCAAAUAACAGAACUACACACUUUGUAAGUUUUUUUUCUUUACAGAGACAUUAUGCAUAUUCUAGUUAUUUAAAGACUCAUUGAAUUAAGUGUUCAUAUUUUACAGAAACACAGUUGGCUUUAAUGAAUAUUAAAAUAAGCAUUCCAUUCUUUUGUUUUUUAGAACACGAUGCCCCAUGCAACUAUGAAACCAAUCUUUAGCCAAAAUAAACCAAUCUUUAGCCAAGGCUGAUUCCCAGCUAAAAUAACUGCUAAUUGCAAAAUAAAGUGAGCUGGCUUUCACUGAACACCUCAGCCACUUGUCUGUCUUAUCAGUCCCCAGCAGAGAUUACAGAUGGCGCAGUGGUUGGCAUUGCUGGACCCUUGCUUUCAAUUCCUGGGGUGCUGUCUGCGUGGAGUUUGUAUGUUCUUUUGUCGUUCCUCUUCACAGUCAUAAUGCAUACUGGUAGUUUACCUUAUGUCUGGGAAAACUGGCACUGUUAUAAGUGUGUGUGUGUCCUGUGAUGGACUGGCGUCCUGUCCAGGGUGUAGUCUGCCUUGUGCCUGUUGCUUGCCAGGAUAGGCUCCGGCUCCCCUACGACACUGAAUUGGGUAAAGCUGUUAGAAGGUGGGUGUUUGGAUGGACUGAGCCCUCAUCCCUCAUCCCUGAUUUUCAGUAACUGGAACGAAGAUGGUAUCUGUUUUUGUUUUUUUACUUUUCAACAGUAAUAGUUGAUCACAACCACCUACAGUUUUAAAAUAUUUAUGAUUAAUAACAACAAUAACAAAACAUGCCAAAUCCCAAAGGGCUUUAAAUCAUUUCUUUAAGUUAGGAGCCACUGGCUAGGAAUUGGUGUGUAAAGGGAGACGUCUAAUUGGAAAACGAAUACUGAAAAGACAGAACGCUCACUGCAUGACAGUCUUUCUGUUAGUGGGUGUCAUGUAGGUCGAAGAUGACAUUAUUCGCAUUUUCUCUAAAACAUAUUUUGGCAGUAAAAGUGUUAACUCCAGUCUGGAGAGCUGAGACUAUUUUAACCUUCAAACUCUACUUUGCAGUGAAUAGGGUGGUAUCCUCAACCCUGCAAUAGGCCUCAGUAGCCUUUGAAGUAGCUCAUGUGGAGAAUCAUUGCAUGGCUAGAUUUAAUCUGUCAGUCUCCAGCUGUACGAAAGCAGGAUUAGAUUGAUUUAGACCAGGGCUUCCCAAACUUGGUUUCCCACCCAGGCUCUCAAUUCGUUACCACUUCUCAAUUAAAUUCAAGCCUUCCUUGAUAUUUUUAUCUACUCAAAAGGUUUGAUAGAUUAUUACUGAAAUGUAAUAGUUAAAAGGAACCCACUAAAAUGUUUAAUACUGUACAUAAGAACAAUGAAAGAGAGUUCGGACUGUAUCGGUACCAUUAUGUCAAUGAUAUUUCAACUGGAACUCAACCAGCAGUUUGUGAGAGUCCAGAGGACCUGGAUUGGAAACCACAGAUGCAGACUAUGAAAACUGUUUUCAGGAGAAUGUUAUUAAAAUUGUCAAUGUAGCUGAGUCAUCUGCACCAGGCCAACAUGUUUGCUGCACUGAGAUUGUUCUGGUAGCUGAAACUCAUCUUCUUUGUAGUUGGUACGUGGUGCCAGCUCUGCACAUAAGAGGAUUCUGUGUCCUAUACGAUAAGCGCCCACUUUAAGGAAAGGUCUGUAACAAUUGCACUGUUUUUUUCCCCUGGCUCUUUCAGCCAAGUGCAUAGGGAGCACACCUCUUGCAUGUGCUUCAAUAAAAGCUGUGAGGUUUUUAAUUUGUUGGAAGA